AUGAACUUCUUGAAAGGAUCUCGUCUUACCGUCCGCAUCGGCCCGAGGGCCACUCGGUGUUUCUCAGCCACAGCUAUCCGACCACUGGCAACACCUACGGGCCGCUACCCACCCAACGAUACGCGUAACACAAAUGACCCCGUGGACGACAUUGACCUUGUGUUUGACUACCCAUCUGAAAACCAGACCAGCCAUCAAAAGGAAAGGCUGGAGACCUCUGGCCUCGACUACCGCUCGGCCAUGCCUCACCCGCCCAAGCCUAGCCUGGGUCAACAGACUCCUGGCACUGGGCAGAUGGGUGAAGGGAUUGGUGCUACAGAUAGCAACGUCAAGUACAUCGGUCUUGGUGCCAUUGGCUUGGGCGGCCUUUACAUGAUGAUGCGGCGUCCCCCCCAGAAAAAGAGCUCCCAGGCCCAGGGCAGCAACAUGACCCAGCCUGGCGACAUCGCUGCGCAGAAGCCGGCCGGUAGCGAAGUAGAGAAGAUGCUUGGACGAGGGAGGUAA